AUGGAGACGGAAGAGUUAGUAAUGGAAGAACUUCUCUCCGUUGAGGCUGAAAUUCAAGACGUGCAAGACCAGAUAAAAACACUGUUUGACAGGCAAGAGAAGUUGGAGGAGAGGCAGUCGGAGCUCAGAGCUCUGCUGGAAGCAUGUAAAGCUUCCGGAAGCCCAGUUCAAGGCUGCCCAUCGACGACUUCGGAAAAUUGGUCGGGUCCCUUUCAGUGGGAUUCCGAGGCUGACGAUGUGAGGCUCAAUGUGUUUGGGAUACCUUCGUACCGGGCGAAUCAACGCGAGAUUAUAAAUGCUGUGAUGAGUGGAAAGGAUGUUUUAGUGAUCAUGGCUGCUGGUGGUGGGAAAAGCCUUUGUUAUCAACUUCCAGCUAUUCUCCGUGAUGGGGUUGCUCUCGUUGUCAGUCCCUUGCUUUCUUUAAUCCAAGACCAGGUUAUGGGAUUGACUGCAUUAGGGAUUCCUGCAUUCAUGUUGACAUCGACUACGAACAAGGAAGUAGAGAAGUUCAUAUAUAAAGCUCUCGAAAAAGGUGAAGGAGAGCUCAAGGUAUUGUAUGUUACUCCUGAAAAAAUAUCGAAGAGCAAAAGGUUUAUGUCAAAGCUUGAAAAGUGCAAUCAUCAAGGCCGUCUCUCUCUGAUUGCAAUUGAUGAGGCCCAUUGCUGUAGUCAGUGGGGCCAUGACUUUCGUCCAGACUAUAAGAGCCUUGGAAUCCUCAAGACUCAGUUUCCAGGUGUUCCUAUAGUGGCGUUGACUGCAACAGCCACUGGGAAAGUCCAAUAUGAUCUCAUGGAGAUGCUGCAUAUUCCAAAAUGUGUCAAGUUUGUUAGCACUGUCAACAGACCAAAUCUUUUUUAUAAGGUAAGAGAAAAGCCAUCUGUUGGAAAGGAGGUUAUUGACGAAAUUGCUGAAUUCAUUCUGGAGUCUUACUCAAACCAUGAGUCCGGGAUUGUCUAUUGCUUCUCGAGAAAGGAAUGCGAGCAGGUCUCUGCAGAAUUACGUACAAGAGGAAUCUCGGCCGACUACUACCAUGCAGAUAUGGAUCCCGGUGCUCGUGAGAAAGUGCAUACUAGAUGGAGCAAGAAUAAAUUGCAGGUCAUUGUUGGUACGGUGGCUUUUGGUAUGGGAAUCAACAAACCUGAUGUUAGAUUUGUCAUCCAUCACAGCUUGAGCAAAUCAAUGGAAACAUAUUAUCAGGAGAGUGGUAGAGCUGGACGAGAUGGUCUACCUUCUGAGUGUGUACUCUUUUUCAGGCCUGCUGACGUUCCCAGGCAGAGUUCGAUGGUGUUCUAUGAGAAUUCUGGACUGCAGAAUCUCUACGACAUUGUACGGUAUUGCCAGACUAAAAGACAGUGCCGUCGAGCUGCCUUCUUCAAACAUUUUAGUGAGGCACUGCAGGACUGCAAUGGGAUGUGUGAUAAUUGCGCCUUUUCAAAUGAGAUUAUAGAACUUGAUGUAUCAAAUUAUGCUGUAGCUAUUGUUUCGUUGCUGAAAGAUGUGCUCGAGAAUGAUCAGAGGUUAACAAUGCUGCAAUUGGUAGACAAAAUGAAAUCCAAGCAUAAGCAACUAGGAUCCACCUUAAAGAAAGAGCAGCUGGAGCAGCUUGUAGUACAACUUUUACUUGAUCGAGUUCUGAAAGAAGAGUUUCAGCACACAGCAUAUGCCACAAAUGCUUAUGUGACAGUAGGACCAUUGGCAAAUCAAGUGCUCCAAGGGAAGAAGGCUGUCAAGAUUGAGACUUGUAACAAAGAGAAGAGCAAGACAGCAGGGGACGUGAAAACAGUGAAACACAGACUAUCUGGGUUGGAAUCAAAACUUGAUGAGCUGAGGAAAGAGCUAUCUUCCAAUCAUGGUGGGAUAUUCCCCCAUUCCGUGUUGUCUAGCCAGCAGAUGAGCAUGAUUAGCACCGAAAAGCCGAACUCAAUGGAAGAGUUGGAGAAGAUAAUUGGGAAGCUGAAAGCUGAAAAGUACGGCGACAGGAUUCUGGAAGAGAUUGGGAAGUUUGCCGGGUCUGAGGACGAACUACCUGAGAUCGAGGCGUCGAAGGAGGAAGAAGGCAGUAGUGAUAAGAGGGCUAGCAAGCGGCUGAAGACCAGAAAGAAUGUUGUGUUGAUUGAUAGUGGGGAUGAAGAGCCAUGA